CCUGCUUGCACUCCCUGCUCGGUGUAAAAGCCCCAUUGCUCCUUCACCUCUAUGUUCCACGUCUCUGUUUGAAUUCUCUCCCAAACUCUCUCUCCCUUCCUCUCCCCCUCUUCACUCCUGUCUGUCUCCGGUGCCCCUUCUAUUUUCAUCUCCGCCUCACCUCUUUAUUUCUUCCUCGCAUUCUCCUCCUCAUUAUGCACGGAACUGUCUCUCUAGGUUCUCCUUCCUCCGAGUCUCUGACAUUGGCGUGAAUCUUCAUCGCGCUUCUUCUCCUUCUGUAUGCUGCUGUGUGUCGAGCUCUCCUGUGUUGUUUGGAAUUGGAGGGAGUUGGUGGUAUUGUGUGAGGCUUGGUUUAGGUAUUCUCUCACCAGGUCAAUGUAGGUUUCCAGUGGUGUGUUGUACUCAGGUAAGUUGAUAGCGGUUCGCCCUCCCUACUUUUUAGUCUCCUUCUCCUUCUACUCUACCUCCUCUAUUCGUUUUACGUCGAACUAUCAAUCACCAGAUUUUUCAACACGUUCAAUUACCUGCUGCAAGGCUGAUUUGGUCCGGACCGCACAGUCCGAGUCCUGCCUGUCACGUGCUCAGUCAAUGCUGUUAGUGGGGAAGCUGAACCACUGCCUGGUUACCACGGUUUCUGCGCCGUUCUCUCCUCCACCGUCUUUCUGAGAAUUCCGUCCUGAACGCGAUAUCAUUCUCGUACUUUUGAGCUGCAGUUAUUGAUCUGCUCAAUUUUCGAGCGCGCCAAUCUGUCUAACCUUCAAUUCUAAGAAGUUCGUAAUUUCAGGCGUGAGUAUCGGGCGUCCAGGUGGCUAUUCCAAAGCGCUCAGAUUAGAGAAGAGACUGCUAACAAUCGACUGGUGUUUCCAGAUCAUGGUGCAAAUAGCGAAUUGUAGUAACAAAAGGUUCUGCUGAUGUAGUACUUCUCAUGUUCUGUGCGGCUGAUCUGUCUCAUCGGUUUCAUAAUCAGCCAAUGCACUGAGGGUAGAAAUGGCCCCGGGUCACAGGAUGGAGGGAGAGGUCGAAUCCGUUGCGGUUUACUCUAUCAUCGAACCAAGAUAUGAGUACUGCGCUCCGAAGUACUAUGACUUUUCUUAUGAAGAAACUGAAGAAGAUAUUGUCUUAGCCGAGAGCUGGUUCAACAAUGCCAUUCCUUACGAAGCUUCACCGCAUGCUUCGAAAACAAAAUCAGUCGCCGAGCUGAUUACUGCGGCGGAAAAUUCUGGUCAGAAUAGCGACAAUGGAGCCCAACAGAUAUUGGCUCACGUGUCACCUUCGCCGAAGCAGGCAAUUAAGCAGGGCGAUACGAACACUGAGCACCAGUCUUCCGACCUAGAAGAGGCACUGGUAGAUCUAAACGUUGCACGUGAAGUCGAUGUCGUGGCCGAUCCUUGCACUCCAGCUCGUCAGCAUGUAUCUCAUGGAUUCAGUGUUGCUGUGAGCCCUAUUCAGGCAUUAGUCACCUCUCCCCUACCUGCCAAGCGACUGUACUCUGAGGCUUGGUCUGCGAGUGCAACUACCCAGACACAGAAGCCCAGAACAACUCCGAAAAGAUCCUCAGCUGUCAGGCGAUCCUACAACUCUAAAAGAAAUAAGGCGGCGGUGAGGGAGGCCAAUGCACUGGAAGAGACUAGGGCGAGGAAGAAACAAAAACUUGACGGGGGAAGGCUGAAGCAGAUCCAAGUCGUAAAGCCUAGCACUCAAGACGAGAAACCGAAGAACCAAAUUGCAUUGACGGUCCCUCAAGAAUUUCGGUUCUGUACGGACGCAAGAGCGCAUGGAGACCACUCUACUGGCAAGGUGCUGCAAAGAUGUAUCUCUGUGCAAAUGGCUAGAGAAGCUUCUCCUUUCGUUUCAAUGGCAGAGCGCGUUCAAAGGUUUCAGCAAAAGACCCCCGAGCGGUUUCACAUGCUGCCCGCCACAAUCAGUUGCUCUCAAUUGGCGGAUUUCGAGAAGCCCAAGCUGAAGCUCACCAGGCCUAAAACCCCUGAGUUGGGGACGAUGCAGAGGACUCGUCCAUCAAAAAUGAAGAGCACAGCUGAAAUCGAGGAGGAGAUGAUUGCUAACUUACCGAAGUUUAAAGCCCGUCCGCUGCCUAAAAAGAUUCUGGAGGCACCAACUCUACCGUUUGCACAGAAAUCUACUCCCCAGGUUCCUGAAUUCCAGGAGUUCCACCUUCAUACCAUGGAACGAGCUCAGCAGAAUCCCAAACAUGCUUUCUUGAUGUUGACAUCCUCGCAAGAUGCCCAAACUGACUCGGCUGUCGCACGCAAGGAGAGGAGGAACUCUGCUCCUGGAGGGUCAACAGGCUCCCUCGCUGACGUGCGGCCGCCACGACUUCAAACAGCUCUACGAGCACGGCCAAUAUCUGUCAAAAGCACGGAAGAAAUUGAGGCCGAGCAGCUUGCGAAAAUCCCAAAGUUUAAAGCUCGUCCACUAAACAAAAGGAUAUUCAAAAGUAAAGGUGACUUGGGACUUCUCCGUAACCAUAAGCGUCAAGUCACCAUGCCAGUGGAGUUCCGAUUUCAAACUGGUCAACGGGCCCAAGUCCGCUGUCCUAAUCUACCCCUGCAAGAUUUCGAAAAGCUGACUCUGAAUCGGGAGCCUACCUCCGAAGCUGUCAAGCCUACGAGACCUCCGAAACCGUUCCAUCUCGCUACCGAUGACCGUGGUCUAGCCAAGAAGAUGAAGAUGAUUCAGGAGCAAAUAGAGAGAGAUCAGAAGGAGGCCGAAGCUCGAAUCCCGAAGGCUCAACCGCUGCCAUAUACCACCAAAUCUCCAAUUAUUCCGCACAAACCAACUCCAAAGACAUGCACCAAACCUGUUCCGUUUCAGCUAGUGAGCCUUUCUAGACACGAGGAGGAGCAGCAGCGGCGUGCAGCUGAACGGGCGCAAGCGGAGCGUUUGGAAGCCUUGCUGAAGGAGUUCCGGGCUCAGCCAAAUCUCUCCAAUGCCCCAGUCUUCAUGCCAAUCAGAUCCAACAAGCCUUUAACGGAGAUUUACGAAUUUAAGUUCAACGUCGAUACUCGAGCAGUUGAACGUGCUGAAUUCGACAAAAAGGUGGCAGAGAAGCAGGAGAUGUACAAACACUACCGUGAGGAAUAUGAGGCUGCUAGGAAGGCUGAAGAAGAGAAGUUCAUUAAAGCAAUGCGCAGAGAAAUGGUUGUGGUUGCCCGACCCGUACCCAAGUUCGAUAGACCAUUUGUCCCACAAAGGUCGAACAAGGAACCGACCAGGCCUGUGUCUCCCAAAUUUAAUCUAAAAACGCCAAGAACAGAUGUAAGAUCAUCUCGUUCAUGCGGUCAAGAAACACCUGUCACGCAAAGGAGGAUAAUGAUGCGGUAGUAUCGUGCACUUGAGAUGGAAACAAGACGUAGUCAUUCUCCCUGCUUUUGAGAGUCUCACAUGAAGAUAGUCACAAGGCUGUGACAGAUCCGAUGGGCUUUGAGAGUGUAAUAUUAUCUGACCUUUUGAUGUUUCACCGGAAGUGCAUAACUUCCCUGUUUCUGAAAUGAAACCAUACCCUACGUAGAGGUGAAUGUAGCUUAAGUACUGUGAGGAGUACCGAAGUGUUAUCACCUUCUGGUUGUACAAUUUUUACAUUUUUGUUUCAUACUCAUUCACGUAUCAGUAAACAACGUCGACUGAGUUCAUCUUUUUCCA